AAAAGCAAAGUUGGUGUCGUAUGUAGCAGACGAAUAGACCGGCUCGUGUUGUAUUACAUGGAUGCCAUAGUAGCUGUUACGUUUGAUAUCAAAGAUGGCGAGCAAAUGAAAAUAUUGCGAAAAGAAAAUAUCUGUCUAUUAAUAAUAUUUUCACUUGCUUCAAAAAUAUUUAGAGUUUUCAUAAAUCCAUGAUUACUUUGUUUUUUUUUCUACUAUAAACCGACGUAGCAGUGACGUACCCGUUUCCUUCUUCCUCUGGCUCUUGAGCGAAAUGGCGGCUGGAUAUGUUAGGUUUUUGUACAUUAGCUAACGCAAAACCAAUUUAAGACACAAUUUUGGUAUCUAGGCGCCAUAAUUGGGUGCUUUCUUUAGUUCUGGUCUAGCAAAUUUCUGGGUUCAAGGCGAAGUUCGGAAAGUCAAGCCUCGAAGGAGUUUGCCGCACGGAGUGAAGCCACCACCACACACAAAUUUCUCAACUAGGAUAUCUGCAAGUUACUUUCAAAGAUGUCUGACAUUCUAUCAAGAGGGUUCAAGGCCCAGCUGACCACAGCUAUGGAAUCUAUUUCGAGGAGAGCCGUGUAUGAGAUAAUGAAGAUUUUUGAAAACACAUUGUAUGACAAUCAAAUGGAGCUGGCACAGAAAGGACAAGAGGUCGUCCAACUUAAAAUCAAGUUACAGACAGCAGAGCUAAAGCUGAAAGAACUUGAGGAUGCAAGAGGAAGACAAGUAAAGACGAAUAAAGUUCAGACGAAUCCGUCGCAAACAGAGGUUGAAGUUGUCACAGAAACUCCAGGACAGUCUUCUGAGGUUCCUGAGAUUGAUUUUGAAGUACCCGAUGACUGGUGUUCUCCUCUGAGCUACGAGACUGUGACCAAACCAGAUGAAGUUGUGUGUCCCAGUGUACGACUACGGCCGUUGUCCAUACCUCUGUGUCAUAUUACAAUCCCCAAGGUUGAGGCAGUUCGCUGUGACAUUGACUUGAGCCAGAGAAGAAAGGGUGCCAGGAGAUCCAGUAGAAAGCUCACUGUAGCAGCAUGUGAACCGGUUCCCCAUCUAUUGUUGGAUCUGGUUGGAGUGGCCCUACAGCUUGGUGCAACUCUCCAGAGCAGAGAUGAUAUAGAGACGUGUCACAACAGUGAACUCGGGUCUGCAAUACAAAGAAAAUCCAGUGUGCCCAACCUGGACAAUCAAGCUAAGCAGUCACAUGAAGUUUCAAAUUUAAAAGAGAGCAAAAAAACAGGUAAGGACAAAAAAUUACCAGCGCAUGAUCAUUGGUUUCACAACAUUAAAAAUGAUGUGAAACUGUUCCUCCAUGACAUCAAAGAGGAAUAUCCGGACCUAAUUGCUUCGGAACACCAUAGACAAAGGAGGAGAAAAUUAAGAGGACAAAAGCAAGAAAAUGAAGUGAAGAGCAAAAGGGAGCAAAGAAAAACAGCAUCAACUGAGUCCACGUCCAAAGAACAUGAAACAAUGGAAAGUGGCAGCAAAAAUGCUUACUCCUGCAAGAUUUGCGAAAAAGUGUUCAAUACAGAAUUUGGCCGAAAUGUGCACAUACGAUCGCACAAGACGUGUCGAGGCUGCAAGAAAUUCUUCCCAUUUCCGAGCACACUGAGACGACAUAAACGUAAUUGUGCAAAACUCAAGAAAUUGUUGGCAGCCAGCUCUGAAGGCAAACCAGCUGAUGAAGGAGAAACCCGUACGCCAAGCAAAAAACAGGCCAUCAGUGAAGAGAGCACACGUUCCUCAAGCAGCAACAACAAUAAGGAGGGAAAUAAAAACACGGGAAGGUACCCCUGUACGCACUGCAGCAAGUCAUUUGAUUUUCGGUUCAGGUUAAUAGAGCACAUGCGGAUUCAUACCGGUGAAAAGCCGUAUUCAUGCAGCAUUUGUCAAAAGACAUUCCGCAUUGCUCAGUCACUCAGAUUGCACAUGGUGAAAAGACACAACGACCAAAACACGGACAUAAAUGGAGACCUUUCAUGGACCAGACCUUUAGAAGAGAUCGAAGAGAACACGGGGGGUCCAGUUUCUCCCCACAAACACAUGAGUGAGGAACCCAAGCAAAACAAAGAGAGGCGUCGGUCAAAGAAAAACUCCAGAUGGCAAACAAUGGGCGUGCGGCACAAUCACGGCUUCAUGUGCUUAUCCUGUCACAAGGUGUUGAGGAGCAAAGUAAUCUUGAUUGAACACUAUCGCAUCCACACAGGAGAGAAACCCCUAAAAUGCGACAGGUGUCCUGCGAAGUUUCGUACUAAUGCGCAGCUGUACGUGCACAAAAAGAAGUGCCGCUGUCCUCCGGCAGCUAUCCAGUGCAAGAAGUGUGACAAACCAUUACCCUCACAAGAAGUUUAUGACAAGCAUGUGUCUAAAUGUAAAAAUUAGAGCAGGCUCGCCUAAAGGACUAAACCAAAGGACUCCUCUGGUACAUCAGUACUAAUUACUGUGAGUAAACCAGAUGUCAUUACCUGACUGUGGACAUUGAAACACUGGAUUUUGUCUCUGGUGGCUUUAAGUUAAACUGUACUGUUUUUUUGUUUGUUUGUUUUUUGUUUAAUACAAUUACAUGAUUGUCUUUCAUAUCUGGCGUAUUUUAAAACAAUACAUAAAACAAUAAUCAACAAUCGGGUGACGUCUGCUAUUGACAAAUUGGUAAGAAGAAAUUUUAUUAAACUAAGAGUUACACUUUUUUAAUCCACCUAAAACGUUUUUUUUUUUCACUAAUAACAUGAAAAUAAAUGUUGGGGUUUAAGCAGUGGUUCAAGCUAGUGCAGAUGUAAAGUAACCCUCAGGAAUUUAAGUCUAAAUAUUUCUAAAGAAGUUUUUGGUUUUGUUUGGGUUUUUGUUAACCGAGUUAAUACCUCAUAAUUUGGGAUAGUUCAUCAUAUUGAUGCAAAAGUUCUGUAAAACCAACAUUGCCUUAAAGCAGACCUGCACUUGGACCAUAAUAGCGACUGCAAUGGUUGUGGUAAUGGAUACUGAAAGACUAACUACAUCAGUACAGGUUGUAUAACAUAUCCCUGUUUGCUAAACUCUGUUUUAAAGGCUUACCCUCUUGUUCUUGUUUAUAACUUGAGCUAAAUGCCAUUCUUGCUGUCUGUUUGUUUUGUGUUUAGCUUGUCCUGUCGUUGUCAACAGGAAUUUGAGAAAUCGCAUGACUUGACCUUUCACAUCAUCCCAAAUUGCCUGAUGUGCUUGAGUGCUUGAGCUUUUCAUGUUGACUGUAUUUACUGGACAAAAUCAGUUAUUCUAAAGGUUCAACUGUUGUUUUAUAUCUGAAAACAUUUCAUUGUUCUGUGGUUUUGAUACCUUUGCAAUUUUUAUGCAGUUUUUAAUAUAUUUUGUACGUUUGUUCAGUGUUUUUUGCUUCAAGUUUACAAAUUUCAAAAUGUGUUUGUGUGCAUUAAAUAUUGAUUUCUGGAACAGUCAGAACAAAUAUGAAUGUGUUUUUCUUUUUUAACUGCUCCGAACCAAAUAUGUGGUUUUUAUUUUUGUCGUGUGGGUUUUUCUUUUGAAUCUAUAUGUAAUAGGUGAACUUACAAGCCUCUUUUUUUUGUAACCGCACUGUAGUUGCUAGAUUGAAUCGUUGUCGCUUUUAAAUAAAACACCCAUUUUAUA